UGCCAUGUUGGCGGAAGCGGUGCCUUCUGUGCGGUGGAAACGCUGUGGCUGCACCCGCAGCGUCAGGGAGGGCAGCCUCCUACCUUUCCUCAUCGCUCGAGUGUCGGUGCUGAGAAGCGGCGGCCGGCGGGAUGGAGAGAAGUAGGAUGAACCUGCCCAAGGGGCCGGACACUCUCUGCUUCGACAAGGACGAGUUCAUGAAGGAAGAUUUUGACGUCGAUCAUUUUGUGUCUGACUGUAGGAAGCGUGUCCAGCUGGAGGAACUAAGAGGAGAUCUGGAACUCUACUAUAAACUUCUUAAAACAGCCAUGGUCAAGCUCAUCAACAAGGAUUACACAGAUUUUGUCAACCUUUCCACAAACUUGGUUGGCAUGCACAAAGCCCUCAAUCAACUUUCUGUGCCUUUGGGACAGUUACAAGAAGAAGUUCUGAGUCUCAGGUCAUCUGUCAGUGAAGGAAUUCGGCAGUAGAUGAACGAAUGUGUAAACAAGAGGACAUAAGAAAGAAAAAGGUACCCUCCAGUAGAUUUCUUAUGCUGCAUGCCAGUUGAAGCCCUCUCCUCUUGUCUCCGCGAACUUGUCAGCACUAUUCAGCUUUUUUUUCAAAGCUCUCAUGCAUGUGCAUUUUACGCAUUAUGUCACGUUAUCUACCUGAAAUAAUGAGACAGAAUUUUAGAGGUACCCACACGAUCUCAAGAUCACCCACUUUUUCUAGAACAAGAAACAGUGAUAACUGUUGUCGGUGCAGCGCUUGACAGUUAACGACUGUAUAAAUUGUCAGCGGCCCUGUAAAGAAAAUGGGCCUAUAUUAGAGACUAGUGGAGAAGUGAGCUUUCCAAAGCAAACU